UGUUACUAUAUAUGAACCCUACCAGCCCUCAUUUUUCUCUUUCAUCAGACAACCCAAUUUCUCUCCUCCUACCUAACUAUUAAUCUCACUUCUCCUCUCUCUUUCCUUGCAUGCCUUACUAAAUUGUCUCAGACCAACACCAACAACAAGUACUCGUACGACGUCUUCGUCCAAGCGAAGAUGUCUCGCACGUGCUCUCAGUGCGGGAACAACGGCCACAACUCUCGCACAUGCACGGAGGCCACCGGCGGUGGCGCCGCCCCCGCAGAAAACGGCAUCAUGCUCUUCGGCGUGAGACUGGUCACCGAGCAGGGAAAUGCCUUCAGGAAGAGUGCUAGUAUGAACAAUCUCUCCCAGUACGACCAGCUGCCUCUUCAUGACUCCAACCCCGACGCCGGCUAUGCCUCCGACGACGUCGUUCACGCUUCUGGCAACCGCCGCGAGCGCAAGAGAGGUGUUGCGUGGACGGAGGAGGAGCACAGGCUGUUCUUGUUGGGUUUGCAGAAGGUAGGAAAAGGAGAUUGGAGAGGGAUUUCUAGAAACUUCGUGAAGACUCGGACGCCGACUCAGGUGGCGAGUCAUGCUCAGAAGUACUUUCUCAGGCGGAACAACCAUAACCGUAGACGCCGUAGAUCUAGUCUCUUUGAUAUCACCACCGAUACUCCGUCCAUGAAUUCAUUAAUGGAAGAAGAUCUAGCCCUGCACCAUGAAAAUAGUGCACAACUAUCACUACCGGUACUGCCAUAUCCUCCACCGCAGUCGACCAGUUUAAGUGGCAAUCUUAUCGGCGGGUUUCCAAUCUCAACCUUUCCUAUGGCACUGUCUCCGGUGGUCCUACCUGUCACCGGCGAGAGCUCAUCGUCAGCCGAGAGUCUAGCAUUAUUAGGAGGAGCACCAAAUCCAUCCAAUGACGUGCAGCAGAUGGCAAAAGUCCCACCAACGACGAGAAAGCUCGUCCGUCCGAUUCCGGUCCAUCCGGUUCCUCCGUCAGCAAAAAUGGCUGAGCUCAACUUGAAUCACAAGUAUUCACCUAGCAGAGUAGCACCAGAGCCAUUGCCUUUGUCACUAAAGCUCUCCAACACGACGUCGUCGGAAGAACAGUCUCCGACGGCUUCGAGUCACUCGUCUGCUUUUCAGGCCAUGUCUAGUGGCACUGAUAGCAUCAUCAGUGUUGCUUGAUGCCUUGAUGUAUGCGAUGACGUCAUCACACGUUUUCAGUUCGUGUAUUAUACGGUCGGCUAGAAGAAGAAGAAGCAAGCAUGGUAAUUAUGCAAAGUUGAAAUUAAUUAAUGGGUCCCGAAUUAGAGCAAUAUGAUAAUGUUCCGAUUAAUUAGAGAGAUAUUAAUGGUGGGGUUAGGUUUUAUGUAGGUGAUUAGGUGAUUAAUUCCUUUCUUCCUAUUUUCUUGUACAGCUCGUAGCCUCGUAUUAGUUAAUUAGGACAAGAUGGGAUGUCCUUCUCUUCUGUGCGAGGUGGGGAAUUUCUUGCUUGUUUAAUUUUAAUUUGUCUGGUUCCUUUUGGGGGUGGAAUGAUAAAGAAGCACCAGGUGCGCAUUGUUAUUUGGUCUGGCUGGACCCUUGGAAACUUCAAGUGGGAAGAAAAAAUAUCUGAAUAUUCGAUCUGUUUAAUUGUGUAACUUGUAAUAUAUAAUUUGUUUUUUUUUUUCGACUAGGUGUAAUAUAUAAUUUGUUUGCUUUA